AUGGUUGGCUCCAAUGCCCGUCCGGGUACUCGAGACCUGGUUCGGUGGAAUGAGGAGUUGGACAAAGGCCUGCUUCUGACAAUCCAGUACGCAUGCGGAGAAGCCGGCAUCAAGCUACCAUGGGCACGAAUUGCAGAGGUUAUGGGUCCCAAGUUCUCCGAAGGCUCUAUUACACAACAUCUUGCGAAGAUCCGUAAAAAGAUGGCAGAGCAUGGUAUCCCUGUACCACCUGCUCUCAAGCGAGGCUACGUGGCCAAAGCCCCUUCAAAGAUCUAUGGUGCAGCUGGCAGUCCCUCCAAUCUAACUGUCCCCCCUGUGACUCCGCUGUAUGCAGACACACCCAAGGUUGGACCCCAGGUGCCUAAUUUUUACGGCACCCCUAUGACUCCCGCAGGCGGCGGCGAUGAUUAUGAUCAAGGCACCCCUUCACGAGCUCCUACGGCUAAAGCGACAAUCAAGGCUCGUGCUCGGGCCAGAGCUGCGGCUAAGCCGGGUAAGGGCAAAGGCAAGGGUGUUGCUGGUCAAGUGGCGAUGUCUGACGAAGAUGAAGACGAUGGCCCCAUGCCAGAGCUCUAUGACAGCGAUGAAGAGUUCAAGGUCCCCCGGAAGAAGCUCAAGCUGACUACUAGGAAGCCUCAAGCAAACAAGCCAGACAACACACUGAGCCAGGUCAAGGUUGAGAAGAACGGAAGCCCCACAGUCUUCAACACCAUGGCUGGUAUUCCUGCUCACCCUUCUCCAGGUGGAAGUGCCGACAUCGUACCUAUCAUCGAGCCUGUCACUCCCAGACAGACCCGUGGUGUCAAGCGUGACUACUCAAUGAUGGGAGACACUGAUGAAUCUGACAACAAUGCUUCUGAUGAGGGAGAGACUGUUUGUGUUGGUGAUGGCGAGGAGGAUGAGGAUGAGGAUGAUGGCGGAGAUGGUGAUCAACUAGGAGCUGCCAUUGCCAACCCUCCUGAAACAAUUACACGAACCAGUGGUCUGCUUCCUGUGGACGGAAUGUUUCCCGACGUGUCUUCAGUGGCACAACAAGACUUUCAUCUCCCCUUUGAAUUCGAUUACAAUGACCCCUUGUUGAACAAUCUGGGCUACAAUGCUGCUCUACAUGCUACUCAAAACGCUCCUCUCAAUUUCAAUGCGAGUACGCUUCCGACAAGCAUGGGCGGACCCAGCCUGACUUAUAACUCGUUUCAACAAAAUAUGGCCAAUGGUAUGAUGGGUGGGAUGACUCCCAGCAUGUUUCCUCUUCACAACAUUCAGUCUCAGCCUCAACCCAUGUAUGGCGGCUUGCUUCCUUCUGCAAGCUUCCAGAGCAAUAUUCCCCAGGCUUCAUAUGGCAAUUUCAAUCAUUCGGCAAGUUUUCCAAACUUCGUACCUCAAUCAGUCACAUAUCCUGGAACACCCGCAAUUGGUACGAUGGGACCUCCUCCUAUUCCUUUUCCUGCCUCAGGUUCAUCUGCUACAGAUAUGUCCGGCAUGACUGUGGGAACCAAUUCACGCCAGACUUCGAUUGCGAGUGCACCUCUCGGUCCCAUUGAUUCAGAGAUGACACCACUAUCCAGUGACGAGUUUAAGCAGAUGGAGCAGGUUGCAGGUGAAGAGCGGGAGAAAGAACGUGCUUGGGCACACCAUCAAGCUGGCGGAGAGUUCGACACCUAUCUGCAAGGUGGAAGCGAGCAUGAUUAG